GACAGUCUUUCACUUGUUUCACAACGACGACAUAUUUCGAAGAUUGUUCGGUUGCCAUCUUUUGUGUUGUUAUACGAUUACACUUACGUCCUUUGAAGUGUUUGAAAUUGAAACGUUUGUGUUUUCUGAUUUAUUAAAACAUAAUAACAAAUGGAUAUGAAAAUGUACUUGACUUCUCCUCUGCAGGUAGACAAAAUAUGUCGAGCAUGUUUAUCAGAAAAAGGAGAUAUGAGGCCUUUAUUCGGAGCAUGUUUGGAUGAAAUGUUAAAUUCAUUUGCAUCUAUUAAGGUGGCUGAAAAUGACGGAUUCCCACAUCUUAUGUGUGUACAAUGUGUACUGCAAUGUAGUCGAGCCUAUACUUUCAAACAACAAUGUGAAAAAUCUGAUAAUAUUUUAAGGCAAUACCUUUCUUCUGAAUUUCAGCAACAACUGGCUGAGACAAUUGCUGAAAAACACAGGCAACAAGCUAAACAAGAACUACAAGAGCAGUUGCAGUUUUCUGAUGAUAUAGGUACUGUUAUAAUUGAACAAGAAAUACCGGAAUUUGUUACAUAUACAGAAGGUCAAUUAGAUGUAAAGGAUGGAUUAUAUACCAUUGAAGCAACCGCUGUUACAGAACCUGAUGCAGAAGGGCUUGGAGAUGAAAUUGUUUUACGACUUGAACCAAAACCAACAGGAGAAAAUAAAUUCAAAUAUUCAUGUACAAAAUGUGAUCAAACUUUCGCCCUGAAAGUUGAUCUUAAGGUUCAUAUGAUGUCCCAUCCAAAAGAUCUCGAUUUUGAAUGUCAUAUAUGCCAAAAAGCUUUCAGCGAAGCGAGGAUAUUGAAACGCCAUCUUAAAAUUCAUCUAGAACAGAAACCUCACCAAUGUGAUCAAUGCGAAAUGUCUUUUGCUGAGAGUUCUAAUUUAACUAAACACAAGAAAAAACAUACAGGUGAGUUGAGGAAUAUCAAGGGGAAACCACAUUUGUGUUCCGUAUGUGGCAGAGCGUUCAAAUGGGCAUCUAGUUUAUCCAAACAUAUGAAAUAUCAUACAGGACAUAAAUUACUUUCAUGUGAAUAUUGUGGAAAGCAGUAUGUUGAGGCAAGAAGCUUAAGAAUUCACAUUAGAUCUCACACAGGGGAACGUCCUUAUGUUUGUGAAGUUUGCGAAAAAGGAUUUACUCAGAUUUGUAAUUUAGAAAAACACCUUCGAGUACACACUGGAGAAAAACCGUUCCAGUGCCCUGUUUGCAAUAAAAGAUUUACUCAAUCAGGUUACGUUGGUAUCCAUAUGCGUACACAUACGGGAGCUCGUCCAUAUGUUUGCCGUACUUGUGGUAAAGCUUUCGCUGGUUCAAGUACCCUCAACAUACACAAACACGUACAUACUGGAGAAAAACCAUAUAUCUGUCAAGUGUGCAAUAAAUCGUUUAGCCGACACGAAACGUUGAUAAUCCAUACUAGAUCACAUACUGGAGAAAAACCACACGUGUGCCAAGUAUGCAACAAAGGUUUUACCAGUUCGGGAUUGUUAUCUGGACAUAUGAGAACUCAUACUGGUGAAAAACCACAUGCUUGUGAAUGUUGCGAUAAAAAAUUUGCCAGUUCAAGUAGUUUAAAAGUGCAUAUGAGGUCUCAUACCGGAGAUAAGCCGUUCAUAUGUAAAAUUUGUAACAAGAGUUAUUCACAAUCUAGUACCCUUCAACAGCAUAUGACCACACAUAACCUUAAAACUGAUCUAAAAUUAGAUACAGUUCAUGUAACUUUACCGGACUUAAUAACUGUCGACAAUCAGACCAUCCAAGUACAGGCUAUCUCUUCAAUGUAAAUCAAUUCAUUUUUGUGCAAUUAAUUAUAUAUAAAAAUAUAUACACUAAUAUCAUCAAUAAAGUUAUUAAAAGAAAA